AUGGAUAACCACUCCGCGUCCAAGCCAGAAGACAUGGUUUCAACGGAGAUUGGAAGAGCAUCUCCGGGUCCAGGUGUAGUUGAGGAUCUGACCAAAGCCCAGGCACGGCGGCUUGUCUUGAAGACCGACCUCGUGGUUACGCCAUUGGCGGUUUUAGCCAUGACCUUGGCUUUCUUGGACAAGAACGCCUUGGGAUACGCCGCCGUAUUCGGAAUCCGCGACGAUGCCAACUUGAAGGGUCAGGACUACAGUUGGCUUAGCAGUAUCUUCUACUUUGGGUACUUGGCCAUGGAGUUUCCCAACCUCUGGCUCAUGACAAAAGUCCCAAUUGGAAAGUACAUUGGCGUGUGUCUGACCUUGUGGGGAAUCUCUCUCUGCUUCAUGGGUCUGUGCCACAACUUUGCGGGCUUGGCCACGAUUCGUUUCCUGCUUGGUGUGUUUGAGGCUGCCGUGCUGCCAUGCAUGAUGCUUCUCAACUCCAUGUGGUACCGCAAAGAGGAGCAGCCGCUACGCACUGCCUUCUGGUACAAUACCUUUGCUGGGGUUUUUGGCGGGAUCUUGUCUUAUGCCAUUGGAAAGAUCAACGGAUCCCUGCCGACUUGGAAGUACAUCUUCAUCAUCUACGGCUCCAUCACCAUCUUCAUCGGCGUGUUGAUCUUUUUCGUCCUCCCAGACUCGCCAUCCAAGGCUUGGUUCUUCACCGAUCAGGAGAAGCGUCUGGCACUUGUCAGGCUCGCCGAAAAUCAGACUGGAGUAGAGACUCAUCAAAGGUUCAAUGCGAAGCAAGUGUUCGAAGCACUCCGCGACCCGAAAUGCUGGUGCAUUUGGCUCUGCGCCCUGGGCUAUGCGGUUGUCAACGCAGGUGUCACCAACUUCAACCCCCUCAUCAUCGCCGGCUACGGGUUCUCGCAGACCAAGACUGUUCUCAUGGCUACGCCCCAGGCCGCGGUGGCCAUGGUUGCGGGUGCCACCUUGACUGCCAUUACCUUCUGGGUGCCCAACAUGCGCUGUAUCUUCUGGAUCAUAGCGUCCCUCAUUGGAAUGGGGGGUGCCAUCAUGGUUCACCUUCUCAAUGUUGAUACUCACAGAGACGCAUCGCUGGCCGGUGUGUACCUCAUGGGCUUCUACAACGUGCCCUGGGUGUUCAUGCUGAGUUUGUCUUCCACGAACACCGCUGGCGCCACUAAGAAGAGCUUCAUGGGAGUGUCGAUUGCUGUGGUUUAUGCUGUCGGGAAUAUUGUUGGACCCCAGUUCUUCCUCCAGGAGCAAGCACCACGCUACCCGCUCGGGAUCGGGAGUAUGCUGUGUGCUUUUGCGAUGAUGGCAGCCGCUGGUAUUGCUUACUACGCCCUUUGUGUGGUGGAGAACAAGAGGCGCGAUGCUCAGUACGGGAAGCCUCAGGAUGUGGUUCAACAUGGUUUGGAGGUCAACAGAUCCGACGAGACGGACAAGCAGAACCAUACUUUUAGGUACACGUACUAG